AUGGCCAAGAAGUUUUCAAAGCAUUCUAGGGCAGCGAGAAGAUUAGAGGUAGAGGAGCCUGAGGCAAAAGACUUGUCCAAGUUACCACGUGUUGACAACGCUGAUGUAACUAAUAAGCUAAUUAGAACUGCAUCAAAGAAUGAACAACUUCUUGAAGCUAGAAUGAGGAAGAAGUCAAAACAAAAUAAUAAGGUUGGUAAGAAACAGAGCGUUAAAGUUCGAGCUAAUAAUUUGGACAAAGAAAGGUUAGAAAGAGCACUAAAUUUCUCAAAUAGGCUGGACGGUAAAGUCCAACGUGCAGAGUCUAGAGCCAAAUAUGUUCAAAGUGCAAGAAAAGCGGGAUGGGAUUCUACAAAUGAAAGCAUUAAAAGAGAAUUAGCAGCGCUACAAAAUCUCGAGAAAGAGGAAAACAAAGAUCUCAAAAAAGUUGAAGACGAAAUGGACGCCGAUGACGAACCAGAAUCUGCAGAUGCCGAUACUGAAGCAACACCGACAGGAAAUGCAUUUGCUCUACUGUCUGAUGAUGUGGAAGCUUGA